GAUCCCGGUGAGUGCAUCUUUGAGGAUGGUCUGAACUAGCAAGGCCACAUGGUCUUCUCGACUCUCAUCAAGUGUCCCAAAUGUCAGAGAUUGCCAACAUGGAAGGAGAGGAGGCCUCGUCUGCUCCUGAGGUGGACUUAAAGAUGGAAGAACUUCCCUCUGCCAAGGUGGAGACAAAAGUGACCUACCAAGAGACCGUCAUGACCUUCAGCUCUCACCAAGAGACAACGUGUGACGCUGUUGACCCCGAUGAAAACACGGAGGACGACAAUGAAGUGAAGGAGGAAGAUGGCGAGGAGGAAGCCGGUCAAAAAGUACCUGGAGGCCCGCAGACUUCAGAUGCUAGACCACCUUUGCUUCCUGAUCCAGCCUUCAACAGGAGAUGCAGCCUCCUGGCCAGCGAGGUGAAGUACAAAGAAGACUUUGAGAAGAUGAAAGGUCAGAGUCUGUUUGUUCCUGAAGCAGAAUUCAUCCAUGCCAGGAACAUGAGCGCCGUCCUGUCUGAGUCCAAAUACAAAGAGGAGGGGAAGAAAGAGGCAUCGCUGUCUCUCUACUCGCUCCUUCCAGAAACGCCAGACAUCCAACGUGCCAAAGAGGUUUCCCAGCUCCAGAGUGAGGUUAAAUACAAAGAAAACAUGAAGAUGUCCUCCUCGCUCUACUCACUGCUGCCAGAGACCACUCAGACCCAAUUUGUCAAAGAACUCACUGAGAUACUGAGCGAGAACAAGUACAAGGAGGAGGUGAAGAAGGAGAUGAGCAGCACUUUGUACUCUCAGCUUCCUGAAACGUGUGAGAUGCAUCUGGCCAAGAGCGUCCAUGAGUUUCAGAGCGAGAAGAAAUACAAGGAAGAUGGGAAGAGGAAGGCCUCCAUCUCCCUCUACUCCCAACUGGCCGACACCCCUGAGAUCCAACACGCGCUGGAGAUGUCCCAGCUGCAGAGUGAUGUGAAUUAUCGUCCCAAGGUGCUGGUCAAGGGGGCUCCUUCGUCUCUGUACUCUCAGCUUCCUGACACCAAUGAGAUCCAGUUUGCCAGAGAGAUGACGGAGCUGCAGAGCCAGAACAGAUACCACGAGGAAGGCAGGAGAAACCUCUGCCAGUCCUUCUACUCUCAGCUUCCGCUCACCAUGGAGACGCAGUUUGCUAAAAGUGUCGGCGAGCUGCAGAGCGAGCGACGCUACAAGGAGGCGGGGCAAAAGUGCACCGCCUUGUACUCGCUUCUGCCGCAGACUCUGGAGACGGCGCACGCCAAGGAUGCCUGCAAGCUCGCCAGCGAGGUCAAGUACAAAGAGGACGGCAAGAAGGAGAUGAGCGUGAACUUGUACUCGCUGAUGCCCGAAACCAUCGACACGCAACACGCUAAAGAGCAGUCGGCGCUGCAGAGUGAGGUGAAGUAUAAAGAAGGAGUUGAGCAGAAGAACGCCUUAUACCAUCAUCUCCCGGAGACAGCCGAGACCCGACUGGCCAAGGAACUCUCCCAGCUGCAGAGCGAGGUCAAGUAUAAAGAAGGAGGGAAGAAGGAGAUCAAUAAGAGUCUCUACUCCUCGCUGCCUGACACGAUGGACACGCAGCACGCCAAAGACGCCGCGCUACUGCUUAGUCAGACGAAGGACAAAGAGAACAGCAAGAAGGAGAUGUCACACAGCCUGUUCUCCACUCUCAGCGACACGCCUGAAAUCAUCCUGGCCAAGGAGAUGAAGGACUUCCUGAGCAAUAGGAAGUACAAAGAGAGUGGCAGGAAGCAGCUGGCUCAGAGCCUCUACUCCCAACUGGCGGACACGGCGGAGACGCGCUUUGCUAAGAGCGUUUCCGAGCUGCAGAGUCAGGUGAACUACAAGAAGGGACAGAAAGACGAGUCCAGGUCUCUCUACUCCACCCUGCCCGCCACUCUGGAGACGCAGCACGCCAAAGAGGCGUCCGACCUGCAGAGUGAGCUGAAGUACACGCAGAAGAAAGAUCUCAAGUCCACCUUGUUCCACCUGCUGCCUGAAACCCUGGACACGGCCCACGCGAGAGACGUCUCUGAGCUUCUAAGUCAGGUGAAGUACCAGGAGGACGGCAAGAAGGAGAUGAACGUCAACUUGUACUCGCUGCUGCCCCAAACCAUCGACACGCAACACGCUAAAGAGGUGUCCAACCUGCAGAGUGAGGUGAAGUACAAAGAAGGCCUGAAGCAGAAGAUGCAGAGCAGUUUGUACCAUCAUCUCCCAGAAACCCUUGAGACUCAGCAGGCCAAGCAGAUGUCAGAGCUGCAGAGCGAGAGCAGGUACAAAUGUGCAGGUGAGAAGGAGCUCCACAGUUCUCUGUACUCCGCCCUCCCUGUCACCAUGGAGAUGCAGCAUGCCAAAGAUGCCGCCGAGAUGCUCAGCGAGGUCAAGUACAAGGAGAGGGGAAGGAAGGAGAUGUCCGCCUCGCUUUACGCCACGUUGCCUGACACCUGCCAGACCAGCUUCAGCAGGGAGAUGACACACAUGCAGAGCGAGAACAAGUACAAGGAGGACGGGAAGAAGAGCCUCUCUCAGAGUUUGUACUCCCAGUUAGCACAGACGGCCGAGACGCAGCUGGCCAAGAGCGUCACCGAGCUGCAGAGUGAGGUGAAGUACAAGGAGGACGCCCAGAAGGAGAUGACAUCCUCGCUGUUCAGCAGCCUCCCUCGGACGCUCCACACGCAGCGGGCCAAGGAGGUGACGGCGCUUCAGAGUCAGGUGAAAUACCAGGAGGGCAGGAAAGACGCCGCCUCAUCUCUCUAUCACCUCCUCCCGGAGACGCCACAGACGCAGCUCGCCAAGCAUGCGUCAGAGAUCCAAAGUGAGGCAAACUACAAGAGGGACCGAGACGAGCUGUCCAACUCCUUGUACUCGCUACUUCCGCAAACGUUGGACACCCAGUUCGCCAAGGACAUGGCCGAGACGCACAGCCAGACCAAGUACAUGCAAGAAGCCAAGCAGCAGGCGACGGCGUCUUUGUACGCCAAACUGCCUGAAACCAUGGAGACCAAACACGCCAAAGAAGUGAGAACACUGCAAAGUGAAAACCAGUACAAAGCGGAGGGGAAGAAGCAGAUGACGUCGUCUCUCUACUCUCUGCUUCCUGAGACCUCAGAGUCACAGCUGGCCCGCGAGGUGGCACUGAUCCAGAGCCAGAAUAAAUACAAAGAGAGCGGGAAGAGGGCGCAGACCGUCAGCAUCUACUCGCAGCUCCCGGACACCAACGACAUCCAGUUUGCCAAAAGCGUGUCCGAGAUCCAAAGCCAGAACAAGUACAAGGAGGCGGGCAGGAGACAAGCCAGCAGCUGUCUGUACUCCAAGCUGCCGGACACGCUGGAGACCCGGCACGCCAAAGAAGUCUCACAGCUGCAGAGUCAGGUCAGCUACAAGCACAAGGAGGACGCCAGCAGGCCGCUCUAUCACCAGCUGCCUCAAACCAGCCAGACGCAGGCGGCCAAAGAGCUGACUGACCUGUACAGUCAGGUGAAGUACAAAGAAGACGGCAAGAAGCAGAUGACGACAAACUUGUACUCGCAUCUUCCUGAGACGCCUGAGACUCAGUUUGCCAAACAGAUGUCAGACUUACACAGCCAGACAAAGUACCAGAAGGACAGAGAAGACCUGCCCAACACGUUGUUCUCUCUGCUGCCCGAGACUCUGGACACGCUCUUUGUGAAGGACAUGGCUGACACUCACAGCCAGGUCAAGUACAAAGAAGCGGGAAAGAAGGAGGCCAGCAGCGCUUUGUACCAUCAGCUGCCCGAGACCGCCGAGACGCUUCAUGCCAAAGAACAGUCUGACCUGCAGAGUCAAAACAAGUACAAGCAGAGCGGGAAGGAUGCGUUGGCGUCCAGUCUGUACGCUCAGCUGCCGCAGACGGCCGAGACGCAGCUCGCCGCCAAGAUGUCGGAGCUGCAGAGCGAGAGCAAGUACAAAGAGGAGGGCAUCAGGAGCCUCGCCUGCAGCGCCUACAGUCAGCUGGUGGACACCACGGAGACGCAGCUCGCUAGAACGCUUUCUGAGCUUCAGAGCGAGACUAAAUACAAGGAGGCCAGCAGGAGAGAGGCGGCCGUCAGCCUCUACCACCGCCUGCCUGAGACCAUGCAGACGUUGCACGCUAAAGAGGCCACGCAGCGGCAGAGUCAGGUCAACUACAAGGCGGAAGGUCAGAGGUCACAGAGCUGCAGCCUGUACUCCCAGCUGGCUGACACCCAGGAGAUCAAGUUUGCUAAAGCCGUCAUGGAGCUGCAGAGCGAGAAUAAGUACAAGGCCAAAGGUCGGGAGGAGAGCAGCAGCAGCGUGUUUCACCAGAUGGCCGAGACCAACCAGACUGAGUUCGCCAAGCGUUUGUCAGAACUUCAGAGCGAGACAAAGUACAAGAAGGACAAGGAGGAUCUGUCCAACACGUUGUUCUCUCAGCUGCCCGAGACUCUGGACACUCGCUUUGUGAAGGACAUGGCAGACACUCACAGCCAGACUAAGUACAAAGAGGCCAGUAAGAAGGAGAUGGUCAAGAGUCUGUACUCGCUGCUGCCGCUCACCAAAGACAUUCAGCAUGCCAAGGAGCAAAGUCAGCGACUGAGCGAGAAGCUGUACAAGGAGGAAGGAAAGAAGGAAGCCGCCAGCAGCUUGUACGCUCACAUGCCCCAAACCAUCGAGACCGUCUUUGCCAAGGAGCUGAGCAGGACGCAGAGCGACAAGUUCUACAAGGAGCAGUUCAACCGGGAGAAGGGGAAGUCCGGCUACGCCAACAUGGAGACGCUGCCCGAGGUGGAGCACGCCAUGGAGGUCAACAAGAACCAGAGCGACGUCAGCUACAGGAAGGACAAGGAGGAGCUUCACCGCUACAACACGGCACCUGACAGAGCUGACAUCGUCAGCGCGACCAACGCCGCCAAACUGGCCAGCGAUGUGGCCUACAAGAGUAACAGCAAGCAGCUGGUCUUGAGCGACGCCUCUCUUCUGGCCCGAACGGACAUUCGUCACGCCAAAGAAGCGUCCAAACUGGCCAGCCAGGUGAAGUACAAGCAAGCCUCGGAGCCGCACGCUCGACCUCGCUACAAUCCGCUGGAGUGUGUGUCCUUUAAACACACGCAAGCGGCGGCUGCGCUCGCCAGUCAGGUGAAGUAUAAGAGCAACCAGAAGCCAGAAGAUUCCUCAGACCUGCCCAACCUCCUGCAGCUGGAACACGUGCUGCACGCCAGCAAGCUGCAGAGCAACGUGGAGUACAAGAAGAAGUACGAGCGCAACAAAGCCCAGCACCACAUGUCUCUGGACACGGCUGAACAGCGCCACCACAAGGAGAAUGCAGUGCUGCACAGUCAGGUGAAGUACCGCGAGGAGUACGAGAAGAACAAAGGCCGCACGCGGAUGGAGUUUUCCGACACGCAGACGUACAAAGUGUUGAAGGACGCUCAGAAGAUGCAAAGCGAGAGGGAGUACAGGCGGGACUACGAGGAGCACAUCAAGGGGAAAGCCUUGGCCGAUGUGGACCAGACGCCCCAAUAUCUGACGGCCCGACACGCCGGCGACGUGCUGAACGAGAAGGAGUACAGGAAGGACCUGGAGCAGGACGUCAAGGGGCGGGGCUUAUCCGGCGUGGGCUUGGAGGAAACACCUGAGCUGCUGAGGGUCAAAAACGCCAAUCAGAUUCUGAACCAGAAGGAGUACCGCAAGGAUCUGGACACGGAGAUCAUGGGUAAAGGGAUGGAGCUGAGUGGGGACGUCCUGGAGGUCCAAAGGGCCAAGAGGGCGUCAGAAAUCCAAAGUCAGAGGUCCUACAAGCAGACGGAACAUCUCAGCGAGAACUCCUACGGGACCAUCACAGACACUCCGGAGCUCCUGCACGCCUCCUACCUCAAAGACGUGUACAGUCAGGUGAGUUGUUGCGGGCGCUCUUUGCGAUGAUGUCAUCACGUGUGAUGUCACCGCACCAGAGGAAGUACAAGGACGAGGCGGAGCGUCUGAGGGGCCGUUACAGCGUCCUGUCCAACACUCCAGAGAUGGACCGGGUCAAAGCCAACCAAAGACACAUCAGCUCCCUGCGCUACUGCUGGGACUCCAAGCUGAUGCGGGGUCUGAUGUCCUCGGUCGCUGAGACGCCAGAGAUCGUCCUGGCCAGGGAGAACGCCAAGAAGAUCAGUGAUGUACACACACACACACACACACAGCUCAUUCUUAAAAAGUGCAGUCAGUCAUGAGCUGAUGUUCAGGUCCAGUACAGAGACCAGGUGGGCUGUGGGACCGCCGUCAUGGACACGCCUGAGAUGAAGCGAGUCCGACGCAACCAGGAGAACAUCAGCUCAGUGAAGUACCAGCGUGGGCUGCAGGAGCUGAAGGGGCGGAGCUACACUGAGUUGGACACACCUGAGUACAGGCGUGUCAGGAGGUCACAGGACUCGGUCUCCAUGGUAGCGGCUUGGUUGUCAUGGCUGCAGGAGGCACUAACGUGGCACAACGUGUGGGACCGCAGCACUUAACAUGGAGGAUGUUUGCGUGCGUGUGUGUGGAUAAUAAAGUUUGAUUCAAACAUCGGUUCCUUUAUGUGCUCACUGACAAAAUACACCGUGUGUGUGUGUGUGUGUGUGUGUGUGCACGUGUGUCCACCACUUCUUAUUCCACUUAAGAUGCUCUGUUGACAUCUCCUGUUCUCCACCCAACAGGCCAAGUACCACGAGGGCAUCGAGCGGGCC